UCUCUUCGUUAUCAGUCCACCCAACUUGAUCAUCACAACGUUUUUCUUUCACUUAGUUGCUGACCCUUCAUCAAGAAUGAUUAGCCAAAGUGUAUUUGCUUUCGUUUUGCUGCUGAUUUCCACAGCUUUUGCUGAAGAAGUUGAAUGGCAUUAUUGCAAUCCUGAAAGUCAAAAUCUAUGUACAAUUCAAAAUGUUCAAGUAAUUCCUUGUAAAGAAGCAGCCAAUAAUCAACCGUGUAAAUUAAAAAAAGAAAAAGAUGCACAAAUCACAUUUAAUUACACAGCAAACUUUAAUGCUGAAAAUGCAGUGUCUCAAGCAUAUUGGGAUUCGGGCAUUUUGGAUAUUGCAUUGGCUGGAAUGAACACUAAUGCCUGUAAAAAUACCAAAUGUCCUAUUGUUAAAAACGAAAGUAGCUAUUAUGAUAUAAAGAUACAUAUGAGUAAAUUGUUUCCCUCCAAAGAAUUUAAGGUGAAGUGGAAACUAUGGAAUAAGGAACAAGUAGAUGAAUUAUGCUGUUUUACUAUUAACAUUAGAAUAAUGCCAUAAUUGUUUGUAACUGAGAUAUAAGAAAAAUUCUAAUUUUACAUAAGUGAUUUAAUUAAAUAAAUAAAUGUUUUUGAUUUUAAAAA